AUGCCCACAUCCGACGGCAAGCCAUCUUUCACUUCAACUUCCACCCGAGACUUGGACAGACGCCACCAAACAUCCGUUGCCAAAUCCGCAACACAAAACCAACCCGCCAUCCUCCAACCGCCAUCUCUGUCCAAGAUCAAACGAGUUUGGCAGUGGAAGACACCCGAAACCAUGGCCAACAACGUCUUUGCCGUCCCCGUCUUCCUCGUCGUCUUUCGCGAGGCGCUCGAGGCCGUCAUCAUUGUUUCCAUCCUCCUCGCCUUUCUCAAGCAGGCCCUCGGCGGUCCCGACGGCGAUGCCAAGGCUUACAAGAAGCUGCGCAGACAGGUAUGGCUCGGUAGUUUGAUUGGCUUCUUCAUCUGCUUGGUAGUCGCAAGCGCCAUCAUCGGCGUCUUCUACACCGUCGGCCGCUCCUCUUGGUCCCAAAAUGGGCUCUACUAUGAGGGCGCCUUUUCUCUCUUCGGCUGCAUCAUCAUCACCAUCAUGGGCGCCGCUCUCCUCCGCGUCACCAAGAUGCAGGAAAAGUGGCGCGUCAAGCUCGCCACGGCCGUCGACAACCCUCUCAGGGUUGGCGGCCGCAAGGGCAUCUUCAAGCGCUUCUUCGAAAAGUACACCAUGUUUGUGUUGCCUUUUGUCACUGUUCUUCGCGAAGGUAUCGAGGCCGUCGUCUUUGUCGCUGGCGUCUCUUUUACUGCACCUGCUACUGCCUUCCCUCUGCCUGUCGUUUGCGGUCUGGCCCUUGGCGGUAUCGUCGGCUACCUUCUCUACCGCGGCGGUAUCGGCGCCAAGCUCCAGCUCUUCCUGACCAUCUCCACCUGCGUUCUUUACCUCGUUGCCGCCGGCCUAUUCUCCCGCGCCGUCUGGAGCUUUGAAAGCGCCCAGUGGAACAAGAUCGUUGGCGGCGACGCUGCUGAAGUCGGCAACGGCCCCGGAUCUUAUGACAUUGACAAAAGCGUCUGGCACAUCAACUGCUGCGGCCCGGAAGCGCCUGGCUCCCAAGCCUGGGGUAUCCUCAAGGGCAUCGUGGGCUGGACCAACUCGGCCACCUACGGCUCCGUCAUUUCCUACAAUCUAUACUGGAUCUUUGUCAUCGCUGGCUUCAUCAUUAUGCGCUACAACGAGUCGACCGGCCACUACCCCUUCAUGAAGGCUAAGUCCAAGGCCGCCGACUCGGACAGUGACCGCAACAGCACCAGCGCUGGUAGCCACGGUGGCGUCGAGAGCAAGGCUCCUGUCCUCGAAAAGACCAACCCCGUUGCUGCCUCUCAGUAG